CCAGUCACCAUGAGAGCUGCCGCCGCUGUCUGUAUAUUGGGAGCGUGUGUAGUCGCAGGCUUCCCCCAGUCGCCCAGAGGCCGCUCCCCCCAGGCCUACAGAGACCCUCCCCAGGCCUACAGAGAGCCUCCCCAGGCCUACAGAGAACCCCCCAAGACCUAUCAAGAGGAGUCAAGGUACCCGGCCCCCGAGACGGAGACCUACCAACAGCCGCCCAAGUACCAGAAGAAGUACCAGGUCGAGGAGGAGGAGGAGGAGGAGUACGAUGACAACGUCAACACAAUCCCAGGGGAGCCAGGGAAGGACUACCCGGUCCACGCCGUCAUCCCCGCCAGCAGCUUCUCCUGUAGGGGCAAACUCCCGGGCUUCUACGCCGACGAAGCCUCCAGCUGUCAGGUGUGGCACUACUGCAAGACUGACGGUCUGAUGGAGUCGUUCCUGUGUCCCAAUGGCACCAUCUACAACCAGGCCAACCGGGUGUGUGAGUGGUGGUUCAACGUCCGCUGUGACUCCGACACCAUCGCCAAGCAGGAGAGGGUCAACGAGGACCUGUACAUCGUGCCCUCCCCCAAGCCUGACCAGGAGUACCCAGCAGUGCCGGCCAAGUACUCCCCUACCAGGUCCCAGUACACCCCAGAGCGCCAGUACGACUCCGACUCCCAGUACCAACAGCCAUCCUACGACCAGUACCAAGACCAACAUGCGUUCUAGUUCACGCACAAAGUAUUAUUAAAUACUAUGAUAUAUUGUUAUUAUUUUAAGACUUAUAAUCGUACAGAGCUUGCUGGAUAUUGUGCCUUCAACAGCGUAUACGAAGUUGUCUGUGCGUUGGUACACCACACGCCAGAUUCACCAAGCAGUUACGCAAGUACUUACGAACUUGUACAUCUUUCCUCAAUCUUU